AUGAAUACAAAAGAGGGAUUAUCAAAGGAUAAAGAUUAGCAAUUUAUAAAGAGUUUAUUGGAUGCUUCCGAAAAGCACAAUAAAAACCUCAGUGAACUCAUUGUGAUUUUGAAAAAAAAUAUCGAAGAAGAGAAGUCUAAAGUGUAAAAGCUAACUAAAGAAAAUGUAGAUUUAAAGAAAGAGUUAUAGUAAAAAGGUCUGCACUUAAAAAAAGCAGAAAAAGAAAUUAUUGCAUUUAAGUAAAAUGAGUAGAAGUAAAAUGGGAUAAUAAAAGGAUUACAGGAUAACUUAGAAAAAUAUAGGUUACAGUUAAAUAAUUAUUUUUUAAAAUCAAAAGUAGAUGAAAGUUCUUCGACAUCUAUUAAUAGCGCAGUCUCAAUUCAAAACACAGAUAAAUCAUCAAUAACAGCAACCAACACACAGUUAAAAUAUAACUAUAGUACAUUUUUAAAUGGCUAAGAUGGAAAAGAGAACUCUACUAAUUAGUUUACUAAGAAAGGAAAUGGAAAAAACAAUGAUUUUUACAAAGAAGUAACUGACUAAGCUAAUCCUUCUUUGACUAACGUACUCAGUGCUACUUCAAUUCAGCAGUCUUAAUCAAAAGCUUCAAAACAUGCAGUGUCUAAAACUCCAAAUUAAUCUGAUAAAGAAAAUAGUUCAAUGAUAACUUACGGCAAGCAUUCCUUGGAAUCAAAUGAAUCUAAAAGAAAACCAUUUUAUUCGAUACACUAAAGUUCUUCGAAUUCAGUUUAUUAAAAUGUAUUGGCUGGCACUAAAAUUAAGUAAAAUAGUAGCAUGAGCUUCAAUCAAGAGGAUAGCAUUUAGAACAAUUUAUAAUUUUAGAACUAAAAGAUAAGUUUAAAUAUCGAAAAGUGUGAUAAUAAUUUAAAAGACUGCAGCAACUUAGAAAUAGAAAAAUAGUAAAUAAGCAAUGAUAAUAAUUCUAUUUCUUUAUAAAAAAAGAAGAAUACUUUUUACAGUUCUAAGAGUGCUGUUUAGUCAAAAACAAAUUUGUAGGUAAACCAAAAUAGCUCUUAAUCAACUGUAAUACAGUCAUAAAUACCUUUAAAUUAUAAUCAACAAUAAACACAACAUACCAGAUAAGCAAGUGAUAAUAUCAACUAGAAAAUUUACAAUUAAUAAAUUUAUAAAAAUCUUUCUCCUAGCCAUAGUUAAAACUCUUCUUAUUUAAGCAGCAAUUUAAACAAUCCUUAGAACAACAUUUUAAUACAAAAUGAUUAAAUAGCUACACUUCAGUACAAUUAGAUAAAAGAAGAUUAAUAAGCUCAAUAAUAAAUUAUUCAAAAAAACUUAGGAGUCAACUCUGUCAUGAAUUACUUAAGUAAAGCUGGCCAAAAUCCAAUAUUUAAAGCCAACAGCAUUAGAAAGGAAAAGGAUUUCGUUAAUACUGCUAUCGGAAGCAAUAACAAAAAUGCUAAUAAUGUGAAUAACAACAACGAAUAAGUUAAUCAAAACUCUAAUUCUUCAGAAAAUGACAUAAAGCUCAUUAUUGUUAGUAAUUAGAGUUAAAUAUAUUCUCCAAACAAUAAAAACAAAAGUUAAUGUGAUGAAUAGUUUGAGAAUAAGAAUAACAAAAUCGAGAAUGAAAAAUUUGAGGUAAAGUAGGGAAAUUAAGUUAGUCAGGUUACACAAAACUAAUAGAAUUCUUUUAGUAAUUACUAAUCUUCCAAACCAGCUCAGUAAUAAAAUAAUUAGUUUGGAAAGAGUAAGUUCAUAUUUUAGGACUAAGUUUACUCAACUGCUGCAUACAAUCCUAAUAAUUAGAAUUAAACUCAGGAUUUUAACACUUUCGAAUUCAAUAAUUAAGCAAAUGUGCUAAAUAAAAAGUUUUCAGAUGUAGAAAUAAAAAGUGUAGGAAUUGACAGACUUUCUAGUUUUAGUAACAAAAAAUAAAUAGAAGAGCAAUUAAAAAGUCCUAAAUUUUUGUAAAAAGAUACAAUCGAUCAGUAGUUUUCUAAGGCUAGCUAGCAAUAUACAAAUUAAAAAACAGGAAUAAACAGUAUGUAUUUAAAGAGUAGACAUGAAAGUAUUGGAAAUAGUGAAGGAAUUACUUAUCAAUUGAGUAAUUUAAACAAUUUAAACAGAAAAAGUAGCAAUAAUGAUUUAGCUUUGUAGUAAAUUAUGGGUUAGAAAACUCCAACUAAUGCUCAGGCUGAAAUGCAACAACGAUCUCUUUCAAACUAAGGAAAGAUCGUUUACUAUAAUAACUCCAAGCCAAAAAAAGAAGAGGAUGUUACAAUUACAGUUGAAGAUGUUUUGGACACUAUAGCAAACGUAGAAGAAGAUGCAGAUGAAGCGGCUAAUUUAGAAAAUUUAAGUGGAUCUCAUUUUAAAUUUAUGAUGAAAACUUCAUGCAAAAAUAUCAGAAUUAAAACUGAGCAGUAUUUUUCAAAGAUAGAAAAUCCUAGUCUUUCUACUUUUAAUAAAAAGUAAAAGGAGUUUUAGAUACAACAAUAAUAGCAACAAAUGGACAUGCCUUAAUUUGUUUAAAAUAAUCUUGCUUAAAAUAUUCAAAACUAUACAAGUAAUUAGUACGACCCAUACAGCAACUAUAAUUAAAUUACAGAAUAGCUAAUUAAUGUAGAUGAUUUGUCUAAUUAGUAUAGCUACUUAUACACAAACAAUCCUUAUUGCCAUACAAUUAACUAGCAUACACAUGAAACAGCAAGAUUAAACACAGAAGAAGUAAGCAAAAGCAUUUAUGAAAAACAUCAAUCAGUCGAGACUUAUAAUUAAAUAAACAACAAGAUGACUAAUUUCAAAAAUUAAAGCUAACUCUCUAAUUUAAAUUGUAUUUCGAUUUCUCCUAGUAACAAUUAAAGUAUUUCAGCUAUUCAGUAGGUAUAGGUAGAGAAUGUUUUAGAAAGGAAGAUUAAAAAUAAAUACAGCAUUCAUGAAAAAAAAGAGCCUGGAAAAAUGAAGAAAUAUUUGGAAGAAAAUUAAAUGACUGAUAUUGGAAACAGGAUAUUUGAAGGAUUGAUGAUUUAUGGACCAGAUAAACAAGAGAUAAAUAAUUUAAAGCCAUCUUAAACAAAAGAAGUAUUCAGUUUAACUCCUUAGCUAUAUUUUAAGUACCCCGAAAACUCAUAAAUAGAGAAGGGGAGAGAAGAUGUAUUCUAAUAAUUUGCUUUCCCUUUUGGAGUAGAAACUCAAUAAAUUCGUCUGACCGAUUCUCUUUCAUAGUUAAAUGAGAUUAUCUUUUCUAACAACAUGGCAGAAGCAAAUAAUAAUUGUUUUGUAUUUGCCAUAAAAUCUGAAGAAUCUUACAAAUUUUAAAAAAAUAAAGAAGGUUCUAUUUACAAGCAAAAUGAACAUCAAGAGCUACUUGAUAUUUGCAAUCCUUCUAAUCUUCUAUAUGGAAUUUGUUUCCGAGUAAAAGAGCUUGUUGAAAAUGGAUAAAAUAAAAACUGUUGGAAGACUAACAAAUUAUUCUGCUUUUUAACUUACUAUCCAUUUCACAGAUUUUUCCUAGAUAUAAUAUCAUCUAUGUUAAAUUAAAUGAAGAUGAAGAGAAUCGAAUAUUUCUCGAGAAUUCAGGAAAAUAUCAGACAUGAUCCAUCAGCUUUGUCUAAGCUUGAAAAUGAGUUCUUCUAUAAUUUCUUGAACAAAGAAUGCAAGGAACUCCUUGAAGAGCUAAAAAAAAUAGCACUACCAAGCAUAUCAAAUAGACUUUAAUUAAAUUUUAAUGGGGAAUGUUUUUCUUAUUAAGUACCAAAUAGAGAAGAAGCUAAACAUAUUGAGGCUGAAUGGGGAUGCAGUUUAGUCCUUUCAAGUUUUGAGAAAGAAUUAUUUGUAAAUAUCUUUCUUUCUUUGCUACUAGAACAAAGCGUAGUUUUUGUGUCUAGUAAUUCAGCCCUGCUGUCUUCUACAAUGCUACUUUUCCAUUCACUUUUAAAACCCUUUAGAUGGCAUCAUCCUCUUAUUUUUAAUUUACCCAACAACUUCACCCAUUUGAUGGAUAUUCCUGUUCCUAUUUUAGUAGGACUAAACAAAGACAAAACAUAUGUUUAUCAAAAUAAUCUUGCCCAAAAGCAUGAGAACUGUUUAUUUGUCUUGCUUGACGAAAACAUAGAAUUAUUAAACUCAGAUCUUGUUUCACAUAUUUAGGAUUCAUUAUUUUAUUAGCAUCUUGUUGAAAAAGUUAGCAACUACUUUGAUGAUCUCGAAAGAGACAACACAGAUGAUAGCAAUAACAUGAAUUAUUCAAAUUAGAAUGACUCUAGUAAUAAUAAUAUGAGCAAUAGCUAAAAUAGCAAUUACAAAGAGAUUUUAAGUCAUUCAAACAACAAUACUAACAAUGCUAAUAGUAAUAGCUAAAUUAACUUUUCAAAUAAUUUGUUGGGAAGUAAUACUAAAAAAGGCAAUUCUAUAUUCUAGCAGUAACACAAUAGGUCAAAAUCAUUUAUCAUAAACGCAGCAACAGAUGCAUUUAAUACUCUCCUUGGAAGCAAAAAUAAAAAUAGUAAAUCAAAUGGACCUCAAUCCUAACAAUUUAUAAAUUCAAACUCUACACAUAGAAGAAAGAAAACAAUUAUAACUUACCCUAACCAUCAAGAAAAAACAGCUUGCAUGAAAAUACUGCAAACCUGUUCAGACUUUUUAAUCUAAAACAUAAUUUAGUAGAUGCCUGCAAAUCCUCCUUAUUAAUCUAAUAAUAUACUUAAUUUCGAAGAAAUAGAGAAGCAAAUGAUUAAAAAUUUAGGAAAAAAUGAUAGCUUUUUACAUAAUUUGGUUAAAACAUAGCUUUUUACUGUAUACGCUGAAGAAAAAUACGAGUUAAAUAAUUGA